GUGAUGUCGUCACGUCAGACUCGGACGCCAAGUAAUGUGACGCAGCAAAAUCUGGUGUCGGCUCAGUAACGGCCUCAUUCCUCGAGUAAACUCGACAUUAACAGUCAUGGCGCAGAACAUGAUGCUGUACUGGUGCUCCGGCUCUCCGCCGUGCUGGAGGCUCAUGAUCGCGCUGGAGGAGAAGAAACUGCAGGGAUACAAACACAAACAUCUGUCGUUUGACAAGAAGGAGCACCAGUGUGCAGAAGUGAAGGCGCUCAAUCCCAGAGUUCAGGUUCCAACUUUCAAGCACGGAGACCUCAUCGUGAACGAGUCUUUCGCCGCGUGUCUGUAUCUGGAGAGUGCGUUCAAGACUCAGGGAGCCCGUCUGAUCCCGGAGGAUCCAGCGGAGCAGGCGCUCGUCUACCAGCGCAUGUUCGAGACCGAAAACCUGCAGAAGAAGAUGUAUGACGUGGCCUUCUACGAGUGGUACGUCCCGGAGGGAGAGCGGCACGAGUCGGCCCUGAAGAGGAACAGAGAGAGUCUAGUCUCCGAGCUGAAGCUGUGGGACGGGUACUUGGAGAAGAUGGGGAAAGGGUCGUUCCUCGCCGGCAAGAGCUUCACCAUGGCGGACGUCGUUUGUUUCCCAGUUAUCGCAUAUUUCCCACGACUUCACUGUCCUAAAGAGAAAUGUCCCAGACUGAUGGAGUAUUAUGAAAUGGUGAAGGAUCGUCCCAGUAUUAAGGCCAGCUGGCCUCUGGAAUGGCUGGAGAAACCCGAGGGUGAGGACACACUGAAGAACCUGUGAGGAACAUCGAGACGUCCUCAGCACCGCUGGAUCCUCACAGAAUCACAUUAAUAUUGCAUAAAGUUCAGCUUUGAUGUA